CUAAUAUACCACUUCUACUUCUCAAGCGGCCAAAGUAGAAUAAAAAGAACACAAACCAUGUCUCCUCAACUCAUCUUCGGCGCAGCCACAUUUGGGGCCCCGCCUCCUGCAUUCGAGACCGCAGAGUCUAUCAGAUCUCUUCUUUCCACCCUCCAAAAUCUCAAUAUUACCCACUUGGAUACAGCAGCACGCUAUCCGCCAACCAAUCCCGGGAGAUCCGAAGAGCUCAUUGGUGAGGUUGCCGCUUCCACAGCCAACUUUCAAAUUGACACAAAAUGCUUGGUGAAUACCGCGACGGACGGCAGCGGGGAGUUGUCUAAAGAGCGCAUGAGCACGAGUGUGGAAAUUAGCUUGAAGAGAAUGAAGAGGGAGCAGGUUGAUGUGUUGUAUGCCCACCGCGCCGACCCUGCUACGUCUUUGGAAGAGCAGAUCAGGAAUUUCAAUGGAAUGAUCGAGAGGGGAGUUUGUAGGGCGUGGGGUGUAUCGAAUUUCUCCCCAUCGACUAUGCAAUCCCUUCUCAAGAUCUGCGACGAUAAAGGCCUCAAGAAGCCAAAAUACUACCAAGGUGUAUACAAUUUGCUCGCUCGCUCUAUGGAGACAAAUCUUCUCCCUCUUUUACGUGACCACGGAAUAGCUUUCGUAGGCUAUGCACCUCUCGCCGGUGGUUUCCUAACCGCCAAUCUCACCCUCAACAACGCGCAGUCCACUCGCCUGUCGUCUGACAACCCAAUUGGUCGCGCUAUGGGGCCACAUUUCUCCGCACCCGCCCUCAACGCAGCAAUGCAAAAUUUCACCACCGCUCUCACUGAGAAGGGUCUAUCACCAGUUGAAGUCUCGUUGAGGUGGUUGGUUCAUCACUCCCCGCUGGCCGAAGAAGACGGUAUCAUUCUUGGAGCGAGUAGAGAGGAGCAAAUCGUCAAGAGUGCGGAGAAUAUCAAGAAAGGAAAGCUGAACGAGGCAGUUUUGGAGGAUGUACAGAGAUUAUGGGAGAGUGUGGAAGAGUUACGGAUUGCGAAGAUCUGGGGCAAUGAUAUGUAGGUUAGAGGGAUUGAAAAUCUUCGUGAUUCAUUGCAAAACUCGAUGCAAACAGAUUGAUAAAGAAGGUAACAUGUAUGACCAAUAAAACGAAACGCCAACCUAUUCUAUGACUCCGUGACAAACCCUCAACCCCAGUCUAUUUUUGCGCCGUGAAAGAAUGAGCGACCCAGUUCCGGAAAUCAGAUCCCAAACACCGAAAUUGCAAAACAUGUACAUCCAGACCCCUCGAACCCCCAUCGGAACAAAACAAACUCAACGCACAAAUUCCGUAUCACCAUAAUAGACCUCAUCCUCCACCUCCCCACCAUCAACCGCCCCAUCCUCUUUGCCGCGACUCCCAUCACUAGAGCAGCUAAGCUCAUAAAUCUCAUGAUCGUGGCUAGCUCGCGCCUCAUCCCGGCCGAGACCCGUCAGUAUCCCCACCAACGCAUUUUGCACAUCCCCCACCUGUUGAUCAACCUGGUUCAGAAGCUGUUCAAGCCUGGUAAUUCCAAUCUGCAUGUCGCAGCACUUC